AUGUUAAACUAAAAAUGCUCAAAUAAAACAAUUAAAUCUAACUUCAACACUUCUAAAGUAUCUAUAGGAAUGUUUUCUAAUCAGCAAUCAAUCAUUUCUUAAUUGCUAUCAACUAAAGCAAAACAAUAAAAGUUAUAGCAUAAAGUAUCUAAAACAACCUGCGAAUUUUAAAUAUUUAGAGCAGGCACCCCCAAUUCUCCUUCUAAAACAAUCCCAUCAAUCCCAUUUCAAACUAAAUAUCAUUUUAAUACUUUAUCUCAAUUAUCUAAAUUGGAAACCAAUAAUGAUUCUCGAAAUAAUCAGUAAGAAAAACAAAAAUUUAGACAUGAAUGCUGAACAUGGAGAUGUAAGUAUUCGAUUGAGAAAUUAUGAAGAGGAUUAGAUAAAUAAAAUCUCAAAAAAUCUAAAAUUUAUUGGAGAA